AGGGCCUCCGCGGAUGGGGGACGGGUACGCCUGGAGGCAGUUCUGGAGCGCCGGAUUUGUGGGGUUGCGCCGGCGUGCUGCACGAGGUGGCAGAGGGGCGGCGGUGGCGGGGAUUUUUGGCCUGGAGCCCUGACACUUGGGCAAGGUUCGCUCCUUAAGACUACGCAGCGAACGUCACAUCCUAGAUUUCUCUGUCGAUCGCCAAUUAUUACGUUACCGUAAGUGCGUUUACGUAAACUCCACCCUCUCGUACGCUUCCGCGAUUCGCAACGCCGGUGUCUGCAUUCACCGAUGCCCUUCGCCACCGCGACCCACCGCCGCGAUCCCAGCAAGCUUCGCUACAAGCCAAAGCCACCGCCGGAACCGCACCCGUUCCUGCUCCACCUCAAGACGCUCCCUUCCCCCGUCGCCGCGGCGGCCGCGUUGCUCUCGGCGCCGCGCCGCCUCAACGACCACCCCUUCGCCUCCUGCGUCCUCUACCGCCUGGCCCGCGCGCGCCUCUUCCCCAUCCUCCUCCCGCUCAUCUCCGAGCUCCGCUCCCGCCGCGCGCCGCUCCGGGGCACCGUCUUCGCGGCCCUCAUCGACCGCCUCGGCGCCGCCGCCCGCCCGGACGCCGCGCUGCUCGUCUUCCGCGCCGUCCCGGCAUUCUGCUCCCACUCCAACGCCACCUUCCACGCGCUGCUCCACUGCUUCGUCUGCAACGGCCGCCUCGACGCCGCCCGGGACCUGCUCCCUCGCGCAGCCAAGCUCGGCGUCCGCCCCAAUGCCGUGUCGUACAACAUUAUUCUCAAGGGGGCGUGCGAGCGGGACGGGUUCGUGGGCGCCCGCGUGGUGCUCGACGAAAUGCUCGGCCGCGGCGUCCGGCCGACGGUCGUCACUUUCAACACGCUGGUGGGCGCGGCGUGCCAGGAAGGGGAGCUGGGUGGCGCCGAGCGGCUCAGGGAGGAGAUGGUGCGCAGGGGCGUGACGCCCAACGCCGUGACAUAUUCCCUGCUGAUGCGCGGGCUGUGCGACGCCGGACGGCACGACGACGCCAAGAAGAUGAUGUUCGACAUGGAGUACCAGGGCUGUCAGACCGAGGCGGUGAACUACGGCGUGCUGAUGAGCGCUUACGCGAGGCAGGGUAACAUCGAUGGCGUCAGGGGGCUGCUCUCCAACAUGCGCAAGCGCAAGCUCAAGCCCGACGACGCGAGCUACAACGUCUUGAUCAAAUGCUUGUGUGACAACGGCAGGGUGGUCGAGGCGCACAAGGCGUUGGUCGAGAUGCAAGUCAAAGAGGGCACCGUACCGAGCGCCGCGACGUACCGCGUCUUGGCUGACGGGUGCUGCAGCGCUCAGGAUUUCGGGUUGGGCCUGAGAGUUCUCAACGCCAUGCUGGCAAGCGGGCAUUGCCCUCUGGCUCACACCUUCAGGCACCUGGUGAAAGGGCUCAGCGAGGACGAGAAGACAGAGGAAGCCUGCUUCGUCUUGGAGAAGAUGGCGGAGAGUGGGGCGUGGAUGGACGCUGAAGGGUGGCAGUCUCUUGUUACAUGUGUUUGCAGCGGCAGUGAGGUGAAGCUCCCAGAUGAGUUAGCAAUGCCAUCUUGAAAUUUUCAGUUCCUGACUUGUCAGCACAAGACGCUAGGCGUUUCGGGUUCUUUUUUCCUACUCUUUGUCUUGCUUCAUUCACAUUUCCCAGAUGAGUACCAUUUGGUUGUAGCCUGAGCUUGGUAUAAAAAAAUGGUUAUAGCCUGAGCUUUAGGCAUGCAUCCUUUGUGAAAAGGAAAAAUGUAUACUUCUCCUAGGCAUGCACCUAUUACUUUCCUAUAGGUAAAGGCACCAAAACGUUUCAUUUGAAUUGAAAGCAUUGGAUGCUAUAGAAUUUGAGACUGGCUAGGUAAGGGACAUUGAGAAAGGGAAAACAACUGUACAUCACAAAGAUUGGUACUAGGGAUUUUCACGACAACUAAAGUACUCCGAUCCAUAUUAAUUGUCU